AUGGCUGUUCUUUUCAAUCUCUUUCUUCUUUCUUGCUUCACUACUAGUACUACAUCCUUAGCCACCACUAGUCCCACCAUCACAAAACCUAAGCGGUUGGUGACAAAACUCAUUCACCAUAAUUCGGUUUACUCUCCAUACUACAACCCUAAGGACAACAUAGCAGACCGAGCUAGACAUGCAAUAGACAGUUCAAAUGCUCGUUCAGACUACAUAUGGAAGAAGAUUCAAGGGGUUUCUCUAGACACAGAUGAUGUGCGCGCUGGUGUUAUUGCAGAGACUAAGCAUGAAGGGUUUAUGGCAAAUAUAUCCAUUGGUUCACCUCCUGUUCCACAGCUCCUGGUUAUGGACACAGGCAGUGGUCUAUUAUGGACUCAAUGUCAGCCUUGCACUCACUGUUUUACCCAAGCUCUUCCAAUUUUUAAUCCUCCCGAGUCUUCCACAUAUAGUACGCUACCUUGUACGUCUCCUUCUUGCUAUCGAGCUCCCAGUAGCAAUUGUCAAGCUUCACAUUGCGCCUUCAAACAAGGAUACAUCGAUGGCACCUCUGUAUCUGGGUUUUUGGGCACUGAAAAGUUCACCUUUGAGACUUCUGAUGAAGGAAUAACAUCAAUACCCAAUUUAGUUUUGGGUUGUGCAAAUAGCGUGAGUGGUUUUAGUGGCCAAAGUAGCGGUAUACUUGGUCUAGCCGCUGACAAAAUAUCUUUGGUGAAUCAAGUGGGUUCUAAAUUCUCUUAUUGCUUUGGCCCUAUUAGGGAUCCUCAAUAUAGUCAUAAUCAGUUGAUUUUUGGGGAGGGAGCAAUAAUACAAGGCUCUUCUACCCCAAUUGAAAUUUUGGCUGGCCUUUACUUUCUAACCUUAGAAAGCAUCAGCGUGGGAGAGAAAAAGCUAGACAUUUUGCCUGAAGUGUUUACAAUGACUCCAGCAGGCAAAGGUGGAGUAAUGAUUGACUCAGGUACAACACUUACUUAUCUUCCAAGAGGAGCGUUCGAUCCACUAAACGCCGAAGUUCUGAGAUUAAUGGAUGGCUUGGUACAACUCGUGUCAAGACCUAGCUAUGCAGCUCCAUGCUUCAAUGGGGUCAUCAAUCGUGACCUUGUUGGGUUUCCAGUAGUAACCUUUAACUUUGCAAAUGGGGUUGAUUUGGCGUUAGACGUAGAGAGCUUGUUUAUCGAAACAAGUCCAAACCAAUUUUGCAUGGCUGUGCUUCCGAGUAUAGCAAAUGACAUGACUAUUAUUGGAGUAAUGGCUCAACAAAAUUAUAAUAUUGCCUAUGAUCUUGCUGGGAACUCAGUUUCCAUGGAACGGAUAGACUGUGAACUGUUAGAGUCCUAG